UGUAUCGUACACGUGCGACGGAAUGGACGAGGAAGCAGAAACCGAUCCAUCGAUCGUCGCGACUUUGUCGAAAAGCAUUGGCUUCCAGCGCAUCGAUAUCGUCCUCGAUCACCCUCAAGAGGUGUAUUACAGCGGACACGAAAUUUCAGGGAACGUUCACUUAGAGUUGGAGGAACCAGCGAGUGCUCUAGGAAUUAGGCUAAAAUGCAAGGGAGAAGCCCAGGUGUAUUUCACCGAUCGAUCGGCCGGGAUCCGGCGUAAGUUUUCGUCCUUCGAGAAUUACCUACACGUGGAAACGUAUCUUGUGGGCGAUGGUAAAGAAAAGUUUAUGAUAACUGGCGGCGUCUACCCGUUCACCCUAACACUUCCAGAGGAGUUACCGUGCAGCUUUGAGGGCCGAUACGGACGAGUACGGUACUCGAUUAGGGCAUUGUUGGACGUAACGACCAUUUAUCGGUUUUCCACCAAUAUUAUUCCAUUCACGGUGGCUCCUAUUCUUGACCUUAAUCGAGAUCCUCUCGCUCCCCUGCCUAUAAACGUUCAACAGUCGAAACUGUAUAUGGGCCAGACGGAACAGAUCAACAUGUCCAUGUCGCUUCCAGUUCACGGUUACGUUCCUGGUCAAACUAUACCGAUUAAGAUCGUUAUGACGAAUCCUACUGCGGUCGUGGUUAAGAAAAUCAGGGUCGUUUUUAAAAAAGUGGUGUCUUAUCAUUCAACGGAAAAGUCGCGUAAGCACAAAGAAAUCGUUGUAGAAGUAGAACAGCCGGUUAAUAAAGACACCAAUACGUACGACGUUACGUUUGAUGUUCCUGCAGUACCACCCACCAGGAUGAUCCACUGCAACAUCAUCGACGUUCUGUACACGCUUAAAGUCGAGGCCUGCGUAGACGUGAGCGAGUGGUACUACAGAAUGUUUCAGAAGAACUUGAAACUACGAACAAAUAUAGUAGUCGGCACGGUACCACUUCAAAAUUACGAGACCCCGCAAAAAACGUUGGACGUGACGGAAGCUUUUUCAUUUCAUCCCCCGUGUACCACGGCCACGGAAAAAUACACCAACGACACGUCGCCGUUGAAAAACUCCGAGAGGGAGGAAACUGCGAAACCAAGUUUGUCUUCACUAGCGCUAUACGAGAAAAGUCAAAUAUAUCGAUCCUCGAAACCGGACAGGGACGAUCCCACGGGAGACGAAGGUGACAGCGACGGAGAGGUCAAGCCGUAUUCUCCCAUGUAUCGCGUGUACAAGUUCAAAUCGUCUCGCAAGAAGGAUCGUUAG